AAGAGAUCUGAACUGCUCCAUCUAAACUAACGAAGCAUUGCAACAGCUUGUGUUAAUGUCGCUCAGUCCACUCGUAAGAAACACAGGAAUAAGACGCAGCAUUCGAAAAUUAUUGACUUGUCUUACAAAACUAAUUUUUAUUGUUCCCUACUUAAAAUUUUGUGAUAAAUAUAUAAGUUCCGGACUGUUAAUCUUAUGCACGUGUGAGAUUUCGCGAUGAAAUUCAUUACCUAGAAAGCCGAGAGCAUAAGCUUACACAAUUAAAAUAUGUGAUAUGAGUAUUAUAUACUACAAUGUAUUAAUCAUUGUCCAACGUUUUAAUGAAAGAGUUUCCUUAAAAUUGUUGAAAUUGCUAAUAAAAAGUGGAAACUAAUUUGUGGAAGUUGAUGAAAUGCCUCUCUGUCAAAAAUUUUCACGCCGACGGUGAAUAUUAAAUAAAAGGAUAUAUGCUGUUCGGUUUCUUGAAUUCAUAAAAUAUCGUCGUCCUUGUUGUGGACUAACUUCAUUAAAAUGGACGCCUACGCGUUACCAACAUAUUUUCCACUUGCGUAUUCUGAAUUGCAGUUUUUAGCAUCCAGACGAGCAGCUGCAGUCGCUGCAGCGGCAACAGUAUUACCAGGAUCCCCAUGUAUAAACCAACUUCACCCCACUGACGUUUCAAGCUCGGUAACAGUUCCAUCAAUAAUUCAAACGGUUGGACCAUCAGAUUCAAUUAAAACUUCAAUUCAACCACCAAUAUGCAAUGAAAACACUCUUGCAAAUGCUACUGGCCACCAGCACAAUCAUCAGCCUCAACACGUUCACAAUUUAAAUGUUACUGGACAGCCACAUGUACACGACUUUCAUCCGGCUUAUAGAAUCCCCGGAUACAUGGAACAGUUGUAUUCUUUACAACGAAGUAAUUCAACUUCAUCAUUUCACGAUCCUUAUGUAAAUUGUGCAUCAGCGUUCCAUCUUGCCGGACUUGGUUUGGGAUCAGGUGAUUUUUUGGGCAGCCGAGGCAUGAGCUCUCUGGGUGAACUGCAUCAUGCGGCUGUAGCAGCAGCAGCAGCAUCAUCUCUAGCCAGUACAGAUUUUCACUUUAGCGUCGAUGGAAACAGGCCUCGACCACCAGGAGGAAGUAUACGUGCCAGCAUAAGCCGCAAACGGGCCCUUUCGUCAUCGCCUUAUUCUGAUUCAUUUGAUAUUAAUUCAAUGAUUCGAUUUUCGCCAAAUUCUUUAGCUACAAUUAUGAACGGUUCUCGAGGAAGUAGCACGGCUAGUGGUUCAUACGGUCACAUUUCUGCUAACGCCCUUAAUCCAAUGUCUCAUGUACAUUCAACUCGUCUACAACAGAUACAAGCUCAUUUGUUGCGUGCAAGCGCAGGUCUGUUAAAUCCGAUGACAUCACAACAAGUUGCGGCAUCCGGAUUUUCUAUAGGGCAUAUGUCAGCAUCUGCAUGUUUGAGAGUAAAUGACGUACAUCCUAAUCUAAGCGAUUCACCUAGCCAUAUAACGACAUCUUCAACUGUAAGGCUUGUCAAUGAGGAUCCAAACCAGAUUGCAGCGGCGGCACUAUCGUUGAAGAACUUGGAUGAUGGUAAAGGGAAAAAAGGACAUUUUAAAGAUGUGGUCACUGAGCAGCCUUCAUCAACAUCUGGAGCCGUAGCUCAAGUAGAAGCUGACAGUGCCUCAUCGCACUUGUCUGACCGCUGUUACAACAACGUAGUAAAUAAUAUUAAAAGCAUUCCUGGUGACAUUAAAGUAAGCACCCGUUUGGAUGAGUAUAUUAAUUGCGGAACAGCUUCUACUCCAUCUAAUGAAUAUGAUUGCGCUAAUGCUGACACAACGGAUAUCAAGGAUGAGCCCGGAGAUUUCAUUGAAACGAAUUGUCAUUGGCGUAGCUGUUGCAUUGAAUUUAUUACGCAAGAUGAACUUGUUAAACAUAUAAAUAAUGACCAUAUCCAAACUAACAAGAAAGCUUUUGUCUGUCGAUGGGAAGAUUGUACUCGCGGUGAAAAACCAUUUAAAGCGCAGUAUAUGCUUGUUGUGCAUAUGCGUCGUCAUACCGGUGAAAAGCCACACAAAUGCACGUUUGAAGGCUGCUUUAAGGCGUAUUCACGUUUGGAAAACCUUAAAACACAUUUACGGUCACACACAGGUGAAAAACCAUACACUUGCGAGUAUCCGGGAUGUAGCAAAGCCUUUAGUAAUGCUAGUGAUCGUGCAAAGCACCAAAACAGGACACACAGUAAUGAGAAACCGUACAUUUGUAAAGCACCUGGAUGCACAAAACGUUACACCGACCCAAGCUCUUUGAGAAAACAUGUAAAAACAGUCCAUGGUGCUGAGUUUUAUGCAAAUAAAAAACAUAAAGGAUUACCUUUAGAUGACGUAAACUCUCGGUUACAACGAGACAACAGUCACAGUCGGCAUAAUCUUCAAGAGCACAAUAUCGAUUCAAGCCCUUGCAGUGAAGACUCACAUAUGGGAAAAAUUUUAGGCACGUCUAGUCCUAGCAUUAAAUCAGAAUCAGAUAUUAGCUCAUCUAACCAUCAGUUAGUAAAUGGAGUUCGAGCAUCUGACAGUUUGCUAACAUAUUCACCAGACGAUGUUGCUGAAAAUCUUAAUUUGGAUGACGGCUGGAAUUGUGACGACGACGUGGACGUAGCAGACCUACCAAUUGUUUUACGUGCUAUGGUGAAUAUUGGUAGCGGACAUGCGUCUGCCUCGACUAUUGGAGGUGCUGUUUUGGCUAGGCAACGGUUUAGAAGUCGUCUUCAAACGAAAGGUAUAAACUCAAGUACGAUUAUGCUUUGCAACAUUCCGGAAAGCAAUCAUACCAUUGGAAUCAGCGAACUUAAUCAGCGUAUUACAGAACUGAAAAUGGAGCCAGGUACCGCUGGUGAAAUAAAAAUUCCUAUGCCCACCAACACGGCCAUAGGAGGAUUUCCUGAAGAACUCUUACAAAACCAAGGAACUUCUCGUAAUACAGUAUUGAAUAAGCAAGGAAUUUCCACUGCAUCCGGCUCGGUGCAAGGACAGUUUCGACGUGAUAGUCAAAAUUCCACUGCAAGCACUUAUUACGGUAGUAUGCAAAGUCGUCGUAGCAGUCAGUCAUCACAGGUGUCUUCUAUACCUACUAUGCGACCAAGCCCCACGUGUACCACGACUACAGCUUCCUUUUAUGAUCCCAUUUCACCAGGGUGCUCACGGCGCUCUAGCCAAAUGUCAAAUAGUGCUAAUUGCUAUGCAUUUUCUUCCACAUCAGGAUUACCUAUAAUAAACAAGGACUCGAACAACAGCACGAAUGCAUUUAUCAAUAAACCGAAUCUUGGAGUUAAUAGUGUUGGAAUUGACAAUAGCAGUCUUCCCCCGCCUCCAUCAUCCCACUUAAUUGCAACUAAUUUAAAGCGCUUACAGGGGAAAGAUUCAGAAAAUUGUUAUCACAAUUUCACUAGCGGUCGAUUUUGUAUUCCUAGUUGUAUGCAUUCCCUACACAUGAAAAACAGCAAUCCUGUCGGACAAAACGAAUUUGAUAAAGUAAUAGCGAAUAAUACAUUACGACGUCAAACUGAGCCAGUGCCAAACUUAAAUUUAGAUUCAUUAACAAAUAUUCCUCGCUUAAGUACAACACCGAAUAGCUUUGAUAUUACUGUUGGAAAGACUAAUAAUAUAGCAUCGUCUAUUAAUAAGGAUAGUUUAAGAAAGGAACUGUGCACUGUUCCAAUUAAGGCUGACAUGGCAAUGACUAGUGACCAACAUCCAAACGAAAGAAUAAAUCUGGAUGAAGUUGAAGAACUUAUACUUCCCGAUGAAAUGCUUCAAUACUUAAGCUUGGUAAAAGAAGACACAAAUCAUACGGAAAAAGAACAUCAAACUGAAGCUAUGGGGUCUAGUGUAUACGAAACAUUAACUUCAAACCACUACCGAGAACAAUCAAAUAUAUAUUACUCCAAUAAACAAAUUUUAGCACCGCCUUCUAACGUUGAUAUACAACCAAAUACAACAAAUACAAUACAAGACAAAUUUCCAAUGACGGCGAUCGGGGGUUCAUUCAGUCAGAGACAAUCAAGUACUCUAGUUGUACCAAAUGAACAUGGGCAUGCCAAAUGCGGUAGCUUCCAUCACCAGUGUGAAAAAAUUAUAAACACUGACAUUGAUAUCAAGCAGCAAACACCAUUACCGCCAGCAUAUCAACGACAAACAGAAAAACCAAAUUUUAAUCAAAUCAUAGACUCAUCGAUGACUAGCUUGCCAGAGCUUAAUGUAGUUUCAAUAUAUACACAAAACGAAACAGAAAAUAUUUUUGAAGUACACAGAGACCAUGAUAAUGAAAUCCAAUGCGGAAUUAUAAGUCAGUCUCAAAUGUCUCCUUCUACUAAUUUGAAUAAUGAAGGCCAGAUUUCUACCGCAAAUAUACAACCAAUAACAAUAUCCAAAUUAUUUUCCUCUGAAACACAAAAAAUAGUUUGUGACACACAGACGAAUAAUUCUUCUGUUAUGCAUUUAGAUACAUACCAGCGUACUCUGGAAUAUGUACAAAGUUGUCAAAACUGGAUGGAGACGAACAGCACAGUUACCAAUCCAAUUCAAGCACCUCCGGGGGGAAUGCAGGUAAACACAACAUUGUGGCCUGAUGUUAGCAGCUCUACACAUCCAUAUCAUGGGACAAAUAUGGUGAUCAACGAUAUGACAACAUCCCUUUCGUCCUUACUCGAGGAGAAUAGAUAUCUUCAAAUGAUGCAGUAAAAAAUGUUAUCUAGAUUACACUGACAAGAAAUCAGUUACAAUAAAUGAUUUUCUUUUUAGUUUGAACUUCCUUUAUAGGCAAUAGGAAAUAGGCAAUAAAAAAUUGAAUUUACAUUGAAUUCUUUGAUUAAGCAACUGUCAUAUUUUGUACACCAGUAUUUAUAAUCAAAAUCAUUUUAUUAUUCUUCAAAAACGAGAAUUUAAUUUUAAAAUAAUGCAACAAUGUCUUCCGAGCUAUUUAAGAAAUUAAAAUGCAAAUUAUACUCUUAUUAAAUAA